AUGCAAAAGGCUUUUGGUUUCAACAAUAUAACCCUACUGCUAGAGCGCUCAAAUUUUGAACAAACAAUUUUGAUAUUUACGUUGGUUAUACCCAUAGCUAUAAUAACUACAGUGGGCUUUACAUGUGAGGUACUAUGGACCAUACGCUUGGCAUUUACGCGAGAUGAUGUAAGAUUUUUAAACAAACAAAUGGCCUGUGAACAAGUGGAUACUAGAGUGGGACCUAUGUAUCCACCACCGAUACGAAAAUUUCGAGUUUAUAAUCAGAAAUAUGAAAAUCCAAAAGGUGUUAUAGCGGCCAUACAAACACCGACCGAAGAGGAGACGCAAUAAAAUGAAAUUCUAAUAAAAAUAUUUAUCUAUUUUAUGUUUUUAUCAAAAUUUCGAUUUUUCUUAUGAAAAAAAAUUAUUAUACAUUAUUUUUAACUCAAAUAUUCUUAUUAUAAAUGCAAAUUAAAAUAUCAUGUAUCGUAUGUUAAUCAAUAAAAUAUAUGAGACGUUUGGGCACCAAAACCACUAUA